AUUCGUCUUUCCCUCUUCAGACUGGGAGAACGUUCUUACCGUCCAUUCCACUUUGGCGUUCACUUCUCCGGUGAAUUUUGGAUCGGUAACUUCGCCGGAAUCUAAUCCCCACUCCGGAGAGUGACACGUAUUCUUUGUUGAGGUGAGUUCCGGUCGCCAUCGUUGUCGGAAUCUGCUGUUUCCAUCUCGGAGCUCGACCUGUGAAGGAAUAAUAAAGACUAUUGGAUUCAAUUGCCUAUCUUUUUCUCUGGCAAAUCCUGAUUUAAAGUACUCACAGGGGACUACUUAGCACCAAAGUCUAUGGAGGAAACAAAUACUGUGAGGGAAAAUUUUCCUCCUGAAUCUUCUACAUCACAGCCAUUAGCUUCGCAAGACGGUGAACACAGUGAACUGAAAGUUCCGAUAACCCAAGUUGCUAAUGAACAAGUAGAGCCUGAUCAUCUGAGCAAUGUGGUAGAAGAUUCUGAAAUAGCAGUUAUACAAGAUGGGUCUGAUUCUCGAGCUCCGAGCCAGGAUUCACUUCUUCCAGAAGGGAAUCUAGGAACAUUAGAGCCUAAAGUUCAGGAAACUGCAGCGGCGACCUCAGAAGCUAUUCCAUUUUGUUCUUUGUCAGAUACCCCCAAAACAGAACCUAACCAUCAAAGCACUGAGACAAAAGAUUCUGCUAUAGCAAUGGUGCUGGAUGCUUCUGAUCACCCAGUACCUUCCCAGGUUUCACUUAGUCCAGAAGAGAAUCCACAAACAGAAUGCUCAAAAGCAACAGGUCCAGAAACGAUAGAGUCCAAAGAAGAUGAGGUGGUACCUGAACCCUCAGAAGCACAACCUGGUGAUGCUUCAAAGCAAUCUGCAGACUGCAGUUCUGUUAGCAUUGCUGAUCAGGAUAACAAUGUAUCAAUACCUUAUAUUUCCUCUGGUGAAGGAAAGGACUCUCAAAAUGAUCAUCAUGUUGGGCCAUCUCAUGAGCUCAGUCGGCCACUGGCAAAGGAUGCAAACAUUGGUAAUAAAGGACCAGAGCAUCUUGAUGCUUCUCCGCAUGUAAAACGGGUUGAUGUAUACAGAGGCCUUGUUGAUACUGCAGCACCUUUUGAAUCUGUCAAACAAGCUGUUUCAAAAUUCGGAGGAAUUGUUGAUUGGAAAGCCCAUAAAAUCCAGACUGUUGAGAGGCACAAGCAUGUAGAAGAAGAACUUGAGAGUGCAAAAGAAGAGAUUCCUGAAUACAGGAAACAGUCUGAGGCUGCUGAAGAUGCAAAAACCCAAGUACUAAAGGAGCUCGAUAGCAUGAAGAGGCUCAUAGAACAACUGAAGCUUAACCUAGAAAGGGCACAAACUGAAGAGCACCAAGCAAAACAGGACUCUGAACUUGCCAGGCUCAGGUUUGAAGAAAUGGAGCAAGGAAUUGCUGAUGACGCGAGUGUUGCUGCCAAGGCACAACUUGAGGUUGCCAAAGAAAGGUAUGCAGCUGCAGUUGCAGAGCUGAAAUCUGUGAAAGAUGAGUUGGAAUCAUUGAAGGGGGAGUAUGCUUCUUUAGUUACUGAGAAGGAUGUGGCUGUAAAGAGAGCUGAGGAGGCUGUUUCUGCCUCCAAGGAAGUUGAGAAGACAGUAGAGGAUCUGACACUAGAUUUGAUUGCAGCAAAAGAAGCUUUGGAAUCUGCCCAUGCUGCACAUUUAGAGGCAGAGGAGCACAGAAUUGGAGCAGCCAUGGCCACAGAGCAAGAUUAUCUCAAUUGGGAGAAGGAACAGAAAGAGGCAGAAGAGGAGCUACGGAGACUGAACCAGCAAAUGCUGUCAGCGAAGGAUCUCAAAUCAAAACUAGAUACUGCAUCUACCUUGCUGCUCAGUCUAAAAGUUGAAUUAGCAGCUUAUAUGGAAGCCAACUUGAACCAGGAAGCUUGUGAGGAAAAAGGAAAUUCGCCAGGUGAGUUAGGAGACUCGAUGAAGACAACUCAUUCAGAUGCAGAAUUGGCAGUAGCUUCGGCAAAGAAAGAGCUUGAGGAUAUGAAGAUCAACAUUGAAAAAGCAACUGCAGAAGUAAAUUGUUUGAGGGUUGCAGCAUUGUCUCUCAAGUCAGAACUUGAAAGGGAAAAGUCAGCUCUUGCCGCCAUUAAGCAGAGAGAAGGAAUGGCAUCAAUUGCUGUUGCCUCUUUUGAGGCAGAGGUGAAUAGAACUCAAUCUGAAUUGGCUCUUGUUCAAAUGAAGGAGAAGGAAGCCAGGGAGAAGAUGGUGGAGCUGCCCAAACAGCUACAGCAAGCAGCUCAAGAAGCAGAUCAGGCCAAAUCUCUCGCUCAAUCUGCCCUUGAAGAACUGAGAAAGGCCAAGGAGGAAGCUGAGCUAGCCAAGGCUGGCAUAACUACCACAGAGAUCAGAUUACAUGCAGCAAGGAAGGAGAUCGAAGCUGCCAGGGCAUCAGAGAGGUUGGCACUUGCAGCAGUCAAAGCAUUGCAGGAGAGUGAAUCAACCAGAAGUAAUGACGGUGAAGAUGUCAGUGCUGGAGUGACACUUUCUUUAGAGGACUAUUAUGCCCUUAGCAAGAAGGCGCAUGAGGCUGAGGAGCAGGCCAACGUGAGGGUAGCAGCAGCUAUUUCCCACAUAGAAGUGGCCAAGGAGUCUGAGUUUAGGAGCUUGGAAAAAUUGGAAGAAGUGAACAAGGAGAUGGCGGUGAGGAAGGAAGCAUUGAAAAAUGCAACAGAGAGGGCUGAGAAGGCCAAGGAAGGGAAGCUGGGAGUAGAGCAACAGUUGAGGAAGUGGAGAGCUGAUCAUGAACAGCGGCGUAAAGCUGGUGGCACUGGUGAAGGGGUUGUAAACCCUGCAAGGAGUCCAAGGAUGAGCUUUGAGGAUUUGAGAGAACAAAAGAGUUUCAUCAGAGAGGCAGAGGCUGCUGCGCCUUUGCAUCAUGUACCAAUCCCAAAGGCCUUUGUACCCAGAAAUGACUUGGACACUGAUUCUACUCAAGAAGUUAAGAUUGUGAAGAAGAAGAGGAGAUCACUGUUUCCACGGAUCAUCAUGUUUCUGUCCAAGACGAAGCAACGAUCAUCAAAGUCAUAACCUCCUCGUGUCACAUGUUGUUGUUGUUGUUGUUGUUGUUGUUGUGUCUAAUAUUUUUCUGUUUUAAGCCCAAAGUGGGACCCAAACUGCUGGAGUUGAUCCACCGGAUUUGUCUGUAUAGUGUAGGCUGGUGAGGAUCCUGUAUGAUUAGUUGAUCUGUUCAGAGAUUUGCUUCACACUGGUUUUAUGGUUGAUGGUUGGGAUGGAGAUAAUAAGUUGUGCAAAUUCUUACGUUUUUUUUUGUUAGGAAGGGGGUCUUUAAGCUUGUACUGUAAUGUAGUAAGCUUAAUAAGUUUGCUGAAAGGAAAAUGGAUGACUGUACUGGAUUUUCUGUUAUGUCUUGCUAAAUAAUAACCCUGAUUCUUAAUUCUCACCUUAA